AUGCCGAGGAGGAAGAGGGCGACCACGAGGUUGUGGGGGACGGCAGCCGUCAUCCAUACAACCAAAAAGGAGACGUUGGCUCUGUACGACGCUUGGAUCACCGUCUCGUACGAUCCUGUCGUCGGGAAUCAACAAACCAACUUGUGUUUCUGGAAAAAAGUCACCGAAGUUUACAACGCACAAAGGCCGAAGAAGACCUUUGCCCGCAACGUGAAGAUGUUCCGCGGUCAUUGGGACCGAUGCGACGAAGAUGUCAAAAUUUUUUGCGCGAUAUACAGGGCAGAAGAGGCGAAUUACCAAAGCGGAGCAAGUGGAGCCGACAUUCUGAGAGCGGCGUUGCGGGUCUUUAAAGACGACGUCGGUAAAGAUUUCAAGCAUGUCGAUGUUUGGUCGCAAGUCCACCACCUUGAAAGGUGGGCUGGCGGUGUCCAGUCGGGCGCGGGCUAG